AUGGCAUCUUACCAGUGUGAUCGAUGUCUGAAACAGUUUUCGUCCUAUUAUAAUGUCAGGCGACAUAAGGCGAGCCAUUGUGCAUAUGCAAAGAUUGACGAUAAUGCCUCGAUGGAUGGAGGAGGAAGUAGCUACUCAGAUGAGCAAAGUGUGGACUCUUUUCCAGACGAAGAAAGUGUAACGGAAACUGAGGGAGAUGAAAACAGUGAGAAUUCCGAAGAUGAUGGUGAAAUAAAGGAAGAGAUUGAUCCUUGGGCAACCAUGAUUGACGAUGCAAAGGCGACCGUUCGACCAGAGUAUGAUGAAUUUAUGAGAACGUUGCAAAUGGAUGGGCAAGAAGAAAGUGCAGCUAAGCAGAAAGCCUUUGAAAACGUUCUCCCUGAACUUCAGAAAGAAUUCGCUGACGUUUACGUGGAUAAUUUACGAUGGAUGAAUGCACUUAAAAAUGAUCCUGUGCAUAGAAAGAUUAUGGAAACGAAGGAGACAUUAGCGAACGAAGACUCGUUUGAUCCUGAUGAAGCUUUAUCUGCAGCGGUUGACAAAAGAAAGUUUCUGUUGAAACAGCUUUUAGAAGAUCAAGGACGUUUUUCAGAUAGUGAUGAAUCGUUGUAAUGUUUAUGUGAAAUAAAUAUUGAUUAAAACUGUAUUGUGCCUUGUUUCAUUGCAACAAUAAGUCCUUGUGGAAAAAUGGACAUUAGAGUUUAACCAUACCUUCUACCGGGCCAUCGGGCCUAAUCGGGCCAAAAAGUGCCAUUUCGGGCCUAAUCGGGCCUUAAUGCGAAGAAUGCGAAGCAAAGUGCGAAGAAUGCGAACCAAAAUGCGAAAAAUGCGAAGCAAAAUGCGAACUCAAUGCGAAGACGCAUGAGCAAAAUGCGAAGACGCAUACGUACCCCGAGGGAAGCCUUAGGGAACCCCUAAUUUAUGCAAGCAAAACAGUAUCGUAG